AUCUUGUUUGUUUUAGAGGGAGAGAGGAGCAGGAGCAGGAGGAGGAGGAGGAGGAGGAGGAGGUAGAGAAGGAAGAGGAGGGGUGCCCGAUAAUACCGAGCACCAGCGACAGUACGACACCAGGACAACAGGAAAAGCACAAGACGGCGAACCGGCCCGACACCUCCCCCCUUCCCCCUUUCCCUGGUGGUGAAAAGGUGCUGGGACGAUGUUUUAUGCUCACUUUGUCCUCAGCAAACGUGGGCCGCUGGCCAAAAUCUGGCUGGCGGCCCACUGGGACAAAAAGCUGACCAAGGCGCACGUGUUUGAGUGCAACCUGGAGAGCAGCGUAGAGAGCAUCAUCUCACCCAAGGUGAAAAUGGCUUUACGAACAUCGGGCCAUCUGCUGCUGGGGGUGGUGAGGAUCUACCACAGGAAAGCCAAGUAUCUGCUGGCAGAUUGCAACGAGGCCUUUAUCAAGAUCAAGAUGGCGUUUAGACCAGGUGUGGUAGAUCUUCCAGAGGAGAACAGAGAAGCAGCCUACAACGCCAUCACUCUACCUGAGGAGUUCCACGAUUUUGACCAGCCGCUACCAGACCUCGAUGACAUCGACGUGGCUCAGCAGUUCAACCUGAACCAGAGCAGAGUGGAAGAGAUCACCAUGAGAGAGGAGGUGGGAAACCUCAACCUGCUGCAGGACAAUGACUUUGCUGACUUCGGGAUGGACGACCGGGAGAUGAUGCGAGAGGAGAGUGCGUUCGAGGUCGACAUCAUGGGAGCAUCAGCUUCGAAUCUGCUGCUGGAGGCUGAGGGUGCAGCUAACCCGAUGGUGGAUAAGUCCAACCACCUCGAGUACGAUGACCAAUACAAGGAUGACUUCGGAGACAACCCCAUGGAGAGCAAUGAGGGAGGAAUGCUGGUGGACAAGCUGCUGAGUAACGAGGAUGGAGGCGGCAUCUUUGACGACCCUCCUGCCAUCACAGAGAGUGUCAUGAUGCCUCAAGACCACGGAGACGAUGACGAUGACUUUGAUGCUCUCUCAGCUGGAGCCCCAGAUAGUCCAGACUCAGGCCCAACAGAGCCCCUACCAGCAAUGGCCGACCAGGCAGAACAAACCACUCUUGUCCACAACGAGGAAGAAACGUUCGCUCUGGAGCCCAUCGACAUCACAGUGAAGGAGACCAAGGCAAAGCGUAAGAGGAAGUUGAUCGUAGACAGCGUGAAGGAGCUGGACAGUAAAACUAUCCGUGCACAACUUUCUGACUACUCCGACAUUGUCACCACUCUGGAUCUGGCCCCGCCCACCAAGAAACUGAUGAUGUGGAAGGAGACUGGAGGAGUCGAGAAGCUUUUCUCCCUCCCAGCUCAGCCGCUCUGGAACAUCAGGCUGCUCAAGAUGUUUACAAGAUGCCUGACGCCUCUGGUGCCGGAUGAGCUGAGGAAGAGGAGGAAAGGUGGAGAGGCCGACAGUCUGGAUGAGUUUCUGAAGGAUCUGGAGAAUCCAGAGGUGCCAAGAGAGGAAACCACUAGCCACCAGCAGAGAGACAUCUUGGACCAGACCAUCAUAGAAGAGGCCAGUGUACUGCAGACGUCCGCUGUGGAGGGAAGCAGGACGACGCUGGACGAGUCGGUCAUGCCGCCUCCGUCCUCGCAACGAGGCCUGAAACGCAAAGCCCAGGACACAGAGCCAGCCCUGCCUAUGGGAGCCCUGGACCAACAGAAGCAGCAGCAGCAGCAGGACUCCACGGUGUCUGAUGUGCCCCAGCAGCUGGAGCCAUCCACUGUGGAUCUGCCCCCAGAGGAAACCACCACCACUAACCUCAGCCAGCUGAUAGAGUUGGACCUGCUCGCCGACAAGGACAAGAAGAAGAACGAGGACGACUCUGACGAAGAGGAUGAGGAGGUGCAAGGAGGAGACCAGGACCAGGAGGAGAGGAGGUGGAACAAGAGGACCCAGCAGAUGCUUCAUGGCCUCCAGAGGGUCAUGGCCAAAACAGGUGCCCAGUCGGUGAGCCUGCUGGAUCUGUGCAGAAACAACAACAGGAAGCAGGCGGCUGCCAAGUUCUACAGCUUCCUGGUUCUGAAGAAGCAGCAGGCGGUGGAGCUGGUCCAGGAGGAGCCCUACAGCGACAUCGUAGCUACGCCCGGGCCUCGCUUCCACAUCAUCUAAAAAAGACGCUCACAGUACAGCCUGAAAAGAAAAAAAAAACUGUGUAGUCUUAAUUUACCAGAAGUCGUAUUUAUUUGUGUGUUGGGUAAGUUUACUGACUCAGUUUAUUUAUGUGAUGUGAAAGUUUUUUUUUUUGUUUGUUUUUUUGUCCUGGAUGAUUUUAUUGUUCAAGCAGAGGUGGGAGGGAACAGAUGUGAAUGAUGUGGUUGUAUUAUGAAGAGAUUUCACAGUGACGAAGAUUGUAACUCCAAACAAUGGGCCUUAUUAUUUAUUGAUUUAUGGAUUUUAUUAUUUACUCACUUUUGUAAACUGUGCACUUAAAAAAAAACUGUUUCUGCACCUUACUGUUUGGAGCUGCUCUCUCUCACUGUUGUGUUGCACUGGCAUUUGAAAAGUUUAAUAUCUGAAGGCUCUCGGGUUCGCUCUCAUUAGCCGGAAGGAGCAUGCACUGUAUCCAGAGUACGUUUAAACAGUUACUACCGUCGUGAUUUGCAGACUCAACCAGCAGUUAAUAAUUAUACAACCUUAACGUAGCACUUUAAUCAUUACAAACUCCGAAAAUGUUAUUUGCAAAUGCUUUGCUUGUAUCAUGAACUGUUUAUGCUUUGUAAAUCACAGUUGUGUCCCAAAUUGAUGCUACAUACUAAUUUAAAAAAUAUAUAUAAUACACAAAGAACUGUGUGUGAAUACUAGAAAUGUACAGGUGCUAGUUAAACAACUCUGAGAAAUCUUUAAAAAAAAGACACAUACAGUUUGAAUGAGAACGAACAUUAGAAUAAAUGUAUUGUUAGUCAAAAAUGUUUAAACAUAGAUUUGUUUUUGUACAGAAACUGGAACAAAAGCACAAACUGCAUGUGGUUACUAUGUAUAAUGAAAUUGGGACACAACUUAUAGAACAUAGCCUGAGUCCGUAGAUGGCAAAAAAAAGUGGUCUGCCACACUUGCAUGCUGUCCAGAAACAAUCAUUUCUAUUUCUGCUCUCUUCUACUUAAAUUUAGAAACAACUGGGUGACAUCCAUUGAUGUUAUGUCUUUAUUUAGACUAUUUGUGCUCCAGCAGUGACACUUCUGACUGUAUUCGUUCAUUGUUGUGAUAUACUGUAUUAUUUAAAAGCAGAUUUUAUUAUUAAUCUAAAGAAUAACUUGGUAACAGGAUCAAGUGAAGCCUGGAAUACGGCUGAAUUGAACCUGUUGUGAAUCACUACUCUUCUUCCUUGUGCUUCUACAAACACGUAGUUUUUGACUUCCACAAAAAAAAACUAUGUUCUCUUAUAAUGUCUGAGUUGUUGUUUGUAUUUAUACCAUGUGCCUGUAAACCUACAUUUUUUUUUAUUUUCUAUAAAUGCAAAGACAAAUCCUCUCAAUCUUAAAAAAGGUUGCUAUGUCUCAGAGCGGUUUCAGUUCUCUGCCUGUAAGUCUAAACUUUUUUCAGAAUAAAAGAAAUACCACAUCA